GUCGUUGUGGAAGACAGAUGCCACUAUCUAAACAGAGAUUUGCACGUCCACCAACGCCGCCAGAGACGGAUACCGCUAUUAGGAGAUCUGAGAGGUUCUACAAGAGGAAAGAUAUCCCACUCGACUUAUCUUAUGCUUUCGAUUGGCAGAGAGAUGAGAAGGAUGCCAUUAAAAUUGCUGAAAAGUGCUACACGUUCGAAAAACAUCCAGGUUUGAUCUUCCUUCCGGAAUAUCUCAACGAAGAAGAACAAAAGGGACUGAUUAGACAGAGUGUGAAGGAUAUACCGACUCCACCUAAUAGAACAAGUUUAGAUGCGCACUAUUAUAUGCCAAAAGAAGGACUCUGGUAUCAUUACGCUAAUCAAACUAAAGAUGACAUCGCUUUACCACGCGCAACAAAGGAAGAGAAACGCGAACCUCCAUCUUAUUAUGCACCCAGCGGGACGCGCCCUACUAUCAACAAUGAACCUAGUACGUUUGAGAUACUAAAGCAAAUCUCACGUUCAAACAAUCCUGAAAUACCGCCAAGUACAACUGUGAAGCCAUUAAAUGGGGAAAGAGCAAUGAAUAAACUGAGGUGGACAAACAUUGGUCAUUAUUACCAUUGGGGACUCAAACAAUACGAUUUUAGUGUCAGGGAUCCCCAAACUGGUGGACCUAUUGCCGUUCCUGCACCAGUUUCUGAUGUUUGCAAGUCUGUCGUUAGUUCUAUCCCUUGGGAGAGAACUUCCGUUGCUGAUCAAGCCUCUGAAUGGAAGAAAAGUUACAGACCUGAUGCCGGAAUUAUCAAUUAUUACAAUCUUAACGAUACACUUAUGGCACAUGUCGACAGAAGUGAGGUGACAGCAACACUUCCAUUAGUCUCAAUUAGCUUAGGACAUUCUGCUAUCCUCCUCAUUGGAGAUGACAUAAGAGAAUCAAUUAAUCCACCAACAGCUAUCGUUCUUCGUAGUGGAGACGUUAUUGUUAUGUCUGGUCCAACGAGAAGAAGCUAUCAUGGUGUCCCAAGAAUACUUGAAAGAACACUCCCGGAGCAUUUGAAGUCUCAGGAAGACGACGAAGAAUGGGAGCCUUAUGCCCGCUAUUUGUCAAAAACACGCAUUAAUGUUAAUGUCCGUCAGAGUGGAUUAACUGACGAGCAAAUCACAGAACUUGUAUCAGUAUAGAAAACUUCAUAUAUUUUAAACCUAGCAUAUUACAAGAAUCAUCUAUAGUAUGGGUAAUUCUGAGGUGGAGC